UACACAUUUGAAUGCUUUUCACACGUCUUUAUUUUUAUUUUUGCUAAUCUUUUACAAAAGCAUGGAUUUUCGCGGCUCGCAGUGUCUUCUAGGCAUGCAGUGUGAUCAUUUUGUCAUGAUCGCGGCGGACAAGACCAACACACAGAGUAUUUUUAUAUCAGAUCAAGACUCAGACAAGAUCCAUGCGUUAUCGGACAACUUGAUGAUGGGAGUGAUCGGCGAUCAGGGGUCUGUGGCCCAACUGUGCCAGUACAUCCGCGGUAACAUGGAGCUGUAUAGAAAGAGGAACAGCUACGGCUUGGACAUGGCUGCCGGUGUGCACUUCAUCAGGAGAACCUUGAGCGAAUCCCUGCGAAGUCCGGCUCCAAUCCUAGUAAAUUCUCUCGUGGGUGGGUUCGACAGGACCGGUCCAAGUCUGUACACGAUGGAUCUCCUGGCGGCACGCGUGAGGGCCAAGUACGCGGCACAGGGCGUGGCUGGGUACCUCUGCAUCAGUAUAUUGGCGAAGGAUCAUAAGCCUAACUUAUCCAUCUACCGGGCGCAUCUGGUGAUCCAAUCCUGCGUCCGUGAGAUCCACAAGCGCUAUAUCCUCAACCUGCCGGCUUUUGGCGUGAAGGCCAUCACCAGGAGAGGCGUCAUGGUGCUCCCUGAUAUCACGGCUGCUACCCUCGCCUAGUGAUCGCUACAUACGGCGUGAGUUUGCAGAGUCGCUUAUGCAAGUGUCAAAAUGACCAAUGACCUGAAUUUGCGAAUGUGAGCACCGGCCACCGCGUAAGUGUUUGGUAACUUGGGAGCUUAGACUAUUGCAGUGACUCAGUAUUAGCGUAGCGCGAAGUCAUAUAA